UAUAUCAAGUGGAGAUAAAACUUUGAGGUCAUGCUUCAUAGAUAUAAAACUUCAAAACUUCUCCAAUUCAUUGAUUAUACUUGUUUCCAAUAACCCAAAAAAUCAAACAAAAAUCUCAUAUGGCAGCAAAACCUUCUAUUUCAAGUUAUAAAUCCUCAAAAGGCACAAACGGUAACUUUUUGUACAUUCCAAACCAAAUUCCUAUACCAACCUAUGUUCGCAUAUUGGACACCACCCUCCGCGACGGCGAACAAUCCCCCGGGGCCGCGAUGUCUUGUAAAGAGAAACUCGACAUCGCGCGCCUACUAGUAAAGUUGCGCGUUGACGUCAUUGAGGCAGGGUUUCCUUCUGCCUCCAACGAGGACUUCACCGCGGUUAAAAUGAUUGCGGAAGAUGUUGGCAAUGAUGUUGAUUGUGAUGGUUAUGUUCCUGUUAUAGGUGGUAUGUGUAGGUGCAAUGAGAAGGAUGUUGCCAUUACAUGGGAGGCUGUAAAACAUGCAAAAAGGCCGAGAAUUUGUACUUUUAUAGCAACUAGUCCCAUUCACAUGGAAUACAAACUUAGAAAGACUAAAGAUCAGGUACUCAAGAUUGCUCGUGAUACUGUGAAGUUUGCACGAAGUUUAGGAUGUUGUGAUAUUCAGUUUGGCGCGGAAGAUGCUGUCAGAUCGGAGAAGCAAUUCCUUUAUCAAAUAUUGGGAGAAGUUAUCAAAGCUGGGGCAACAACAGUAGUCAUACCUGACACUGUGGGCAUAGCAAUGCCAUUUGAAUAUGGAAAUCUCAUUGCUGAUAUAAAGAAGAAUACUCCUGGAAUUGAGAAUGUUAUCAUUGCAACUCAUUGUCAUAAUGAUCUUGGACUUGCUACUGCCAACACCAUUGAGGGUGCUCGUGCAGGUGCUAGACAAUUAGAAGUAACAAUUAAUGGUAUUGGUGAAAGGGCAGGUAAUGCUUCAUUAGAAGAGGUUGUAAUGGCCUUGACAUGCAGGGGUAAUGAUAUCUUAGGUGGUCUACAUACAAGAAUCAAUACAAGACAAAUAUUAAGGACAAGCAAAAUGGUUGAAGAGUACUCUGGGAUGCUUUUACAACCGCACAAGGCUCUUGUUGGGGCUAAUGCUUUUCUUCAUGAGAGUGGCAUUCAUCAGGAUGGAAUGUUAAAACAUAAAGGCACAUAUGAAAUAAUAUCUCCUGAGGAUAUUGGUCUUGAAAGAUCCACUGAGGCUAGUAUUGUAUUGGGGAAGCUUAGUGGACGCCAGGCAUUGAGAAAGAGACUUGAAGAGCAUGGUUAUAUACUAAAGGAUGAUGAACUUGAGACUCUGUUCUGGAAAUUCAAACUAUUGGCUGGGACAAAAAAGAGAGUAACCAAUGCAGACCUUAAAGUAUUGAUGUCAAAUGAAGCAUAUCAAGAUGAACUUGUCUACAAAGCUGCAUGAUUUCUAGGUAACUUGUGGUACUUUGAAUCCCUCAAUACAAAAGUGGAGAAAAUAUUACUUUGAAAGGAAACAGAUCAUAUGAUUAAGUGUGGACCCAAAUAUAAGUAGAGUCAUGUUCGCAACAUAGAUUGAAGGAUUAUAUUAUACAACUUAGUAAAACUUUAUUAACUCACUUGUUCAUAUAUUUUAAGGUUCUUAUUCUAUUUUCUUUAUGUGUGUUUAUUCAUUCAAGAACUUAUAGGGUCUGUUUGUUUUAAUUUUUAAUUUUUUUGUAUUUUUAAAAAAAGAUUUUAUUAAACCGUUUUUUAAAUUAUUAGUAGUAAAAGACCCGUGCGUUCGCACGGGUUUUAUUGUUACCAAGUUCAAGUAAAAAAUGUAGUGUAAUGAAAAGUGUUGUAUGUAAUAAACAAUUAUAAGUAAUUGAUAGUCACUUCAAUAAAAUAGGUAUUAUGGUGAUAGCCUCCCGU